AUGGGGUUGCUGGCUGCACCAAAUCUGAGUUGCAGCAAAGGCGAAUUUUCACUGAGGAUGUUUCAAGGGGUUGCACUGGUGGUGGAGACAAUGCACAAAGAUCGAGAAGUUGCUGGAUGUGCGCCAUCAAAGUUUUAUAAUUUUAUCAAGAAGGUGAAUCUGAAGGAUAAACAUAUUAAAGUGCUAGAAGAUACUCUAUUUAAAGGAUUUAUGCAUUUUCCCAAGUUUCUAGUUCAACGCACAUUUCUAAAUACUAUUCUUACUAGAUGGGAUGACGAACAUAAUUGUUUCCUCCUCGGAGGAAAGAGGAUCUUUUUUAAACCCCAAGACAUUGCCGUUAUAUUGGGAUUGAGUAUAAAUGGAGAACAUAUAGAUUUGAGAAGGGAAUUGAGUGCAAGUGAGAAAGAACUAAAGAAAAAAUAUUUUGCAAAUGUUCUUCUCAAGAGAGAGUUAAUAGAGGAGAAUAUUAAGAAUUUAUUGGAAGAAAGUUCGGAAGAAUCUAUAUCUGAUUUUGCGAAAUUGUUCAUCCUGUAUUUAUUCAAUACAAUUCUUUUUCCAAUCACCAGCGAGACAACUCCUAUAUUUUUGUUACACUAUGUGAAUGAGUUGAAAAAUUUGCAUAGUUAUGCAUGGGCCACUGCCAUUUGGACAUUUUUGGUUAGGAGUAUUUCUGAAAGCUUGAGGAAGAAGAAAAAGUACGUGAAUGGAUGUGUCAUGGUUUUGGAACCAUGGUUACACGAGCAUAUUAUUCUUCUGUCAUGGUUAUCAACGAAGAUGGUGUAUCCACGUAUUUUAAGAUGGGUCGAUAGCAGUUAUCGACAGACGGGCAUGCAUAAAAAAUUUUUAGACAAUCUUAUCUACACACAGAUUAUUGAAGAUAUAACUCCUACAAAUGAGGAGAGUCACCUUUUACCUCUCACUGACGCCUCAAGCUCGAAUAGAGAAAUACGUCAGUGGUUGGAACCCAUACUUCUGAAGAUUGAUGAGAAAAUUGUGACUUCAAAUACAAAUAAAGAAAUUCGUCAGUGGUUGGAACCUAUACUUGUGAGGAUGGAAGAGAAAAUCGUUACAAGUGUAAAGGAAUAUUUUUCAAUACAUGGUAUACCCGAUUGCGAUACUUUUCAACUCAUUAUGGAUAAUGAAUGCCCUCAACAAAAAAAUUCGUAUGAUUGUGGUCUUUUCGUGAUAAAAUUUAUGGAUUGCUUGUCCCAAGGAGAGAUUUUAUUUUAA